AUGAGUGUAAGGUUGCCCCAGAGUAUAGACAGGUUAAGCAGCCUGUCUUUGGGAGAUUCGGCACCUGAACGCAAGUCCCCUUCCCACCACGGCCAGCCCGACUCCUCUGAGACAACAGGUCUUGUUCAGCGCUGUGUCAUCAUCCAGAAGGACCAGCAUGGCUUCGGCUUCACCGUCAGUGGGGACCGCAUCGUUCUGGUACAGUCUGUGCGGCCUGGAGGUGCAGCCAUGAAAGCCGGUGUGAAAGAGGGGGACCGCAUCAUCAAAGUGAACGGCACCAUGGUGGCCAACAGCUCACACCUGGAGGUGGUGAAGCUUAUCAAAUCGGGUGCCUAUGUUGCACUGACCCUCCUGGGCUCUUCACCCUCAACUGUCGGCGUCUCUGGGCUCCAGCAGGACCCAGACCCAGCAGGAGCUCCCCAGGUCCCCUCUGUGGUCCCUCCACCACCACCUCCUCCACCUCUGCCACCUCCACAGCGCAUCACAGCACCCAAACCCCUGCAGGAUCUUGAAUUUCAAAAACAUGCCACCCAGAUCCUUAGGAAUAUGCUGAGGCAGGAGGAAAAGGAGUUACAGAGUAUCUGUGAGGUGUAUAGCCGGAACCCCACCAGCCUGCUGGAAGAGCAGAUUGAAGCUGCCCGGCGGCGAGUCACUCAGUUGCAGCUGAAGAUCCAGCAGGAGACGGGUGGCUUAGUGGACAUACUUCCACUCCAUGGUGACAACAGCCAGAGAUCAUCAGAAGGCCGACUUUCUCUGGAUUCACAGGACGGGGACAGUGGCUUGGACUCUGGGACAGAACGCUUCCCUUCCCUCAGUGAGUCAUUGAUAAAUCGGAACUCGGUGCUGUCAGACCCUGGACUAGACAGUCCUCGAACCUCCCCUGUGAUCAUGGCCAGGGGGGCCCAGCACCACAGGUGGCAGGGCUCGGAUGCCCCAGCUCCCCCCGCCAGCGACCAGGGUGUAGAUCAAAGCCCAAAGCCUUUAAUUAUUGGCCCAGAAGAAGAUUAUGACCCUGGUUAUUUCAACAACGAGAGCGACAUCAUAUUCCAGGAUCUUGAGAAACUUAAGUCACGGCCAGCUCACCUGGGGGUUUUUCUACGUUACAUCUUCUCUCAGGCAGACCCCAGCCCACUGCUUUUUUACUUGUGUGCAGAAGUUUAUCAGCAGACAAACUCCAAGGAUUCCCGAAGCUUGGGAAAAGACAUCUGGAAUAUUUUCCUAGAGAAAAAUGCGCCACUGAGAGUGAAGGUCCCAGAGGCGUUACAGGCUGAGAUCGACUUGCGCUUGCGGAGCGGCGAGGACUUGCGCAGCGUUCUCGGUGAGGCUCAGGAGGCAGCCAUGCCGGAGAUCCAGGAGCAGAUCCAGGACUACAGAACGAAGCGCACACUGGGACUGGGCAGCCUGUACGGUGAAAACGACCUGCUAGAGCUGGAUGGGAACCCUCUCCGAGAGCGCCAAGUGGCCGAGAAGCAGCUGGCUGCCCUGGGAGAUAUUCUGUUCAAAUACGAGGAAGACAGGAGCGCCCCCAUGGACUUCGCCCUCAACACCUACAUGGGCCAUGCUGGGAUCCGGCUUCGAGAGGCCCGGUCUUCCGUCGCGGCGGAAAAGGCCCCGUUGCCUGCUCCUGACAAGUGGCUGCCCUUCUUCCCGAAGACCAAGAAGAGCAGCAAUCCCAAGAAAGAAAAGGAUGCCCUGGAAGACAAGAAGCGGAACCCCAUCCUCAAAUACAUCGGGAAGCCCAAAAGCUCGUCCCAGAGCACAUUUCAUAUUCCCUUGUCCCCUGUGGAAGUUAAACCGGGCAACGUGAGGAACAUCAUUCAGCACUUUGAGAACAACCAGCCAUAUGAUGCCCCGGAACCCGGGAUGCAGCGACUCUCGACAGGAAGCUUCCCCGAGGACCUGCUGGAGAGCGACAGCUCGCGCUCAGAGAUCCGCCUGGGCCGCUCGGAGAGCCUGAAGGGCCGGGAGGAGCUGAAGCGCUCCCGGAAGACGGAGAACGUGCCCCGCUCCCGUAGCGACGUGGACAUGGACGCCGCCGCCGAGGCUGCCCGCCUCCACCAGUCAGCCUCGUCCUCCGCCUCCAGCCUCUCCACCAGGUCUCUGGAGAACCCCACUCCUCCCUUCACCCCCAAAAUGGGUCGCAGGAGCAUCGAGUCCCCCAGCCUGGGGUUCUGCGCAGAUGUCCUCCUGCCCCACCUCCUAGAGGACGACCUGGGCCAGCUGUCCGACCUGGAGCUGGAGCCGGACACGCAAAACUGGCAGCACACGGUGGGCAAGGAAGUGGUGGCGGGCCUCACCCAGAGGGAGAUUGACCGGCAGGAGGUCAUCAACGAGUUGUUUGUGACCGAGGCUUCCCAUCUGCGCACGCUCCGGGUCCUGGACCUGAUCUUCUACCAGCGAAUGAAGAAGGAGAACCUGAUGCCCCGCGAGGAGCUGGCCCGGCUCUUCCCCAACCUGCCUGAACUCAUCGAGAUCCACAAUUCCUGGUGCGAAGCCAUGAAGAAGCUCCGGGAGGAGGGCCCCAUCAUCGAGGAAAUCAGUGACCUCAUGCUGGCCCGGUUUGAUGGUCCUGCCCGAGAGGAACUCCAGCAGGUGGCCGCCCAGUUCUGCUCGUACCAGUCCAUAGCCCUGGAGCUGAUCAAGACCAAGCAGCGGAAGGAGAGCCGAUUCCAGCUCUUCAUGCAGGAGGCUGAGAGCCACCCUCAGUGCCGGCGGCUGCAGCUGCGGGACCUCAUCAUCUCGGAGAUGCAGCGGCUGACCAAGUACCCGCUGCUGCUGGAGAGCAUCAUUAAGCACACGGAGGGUGGCACCUCUGAGCAUGAGAAGCUUUGCCGGGCCCGGGACCAAUGCCGGGAAAUUCUUAAGUAUGUGAAUGAAGCGGUGAAGCAGACAGAGAACCGGCACCGGCUAGAGGGCUACCAGAAACGCCUGGACACCACCUCCCUGGAGAGGGCCAGCAACCCCCUGGCAGCGGAAUUCAAGAGCCUGGAUCUCACCACCAGAAAGAUGAUCCAUGAGGGGCCCCUGACGUGGAGGAUCAGCAAGGAUAAGACCCUGGACCUCCACGUGCUGCUGCUGGAGGACCUCCUCGUGCUGCUGCAGAAACAGGACGAGAAGCUGCUGCUCAAGUGCCACAGCAAGACCGCGGUGGGCUCCUCAGACAGCAAGCAGACCUUCAGCCCCGCGCUCAAGCUCAACGCCGUUCUCGUCCGCUCCGUGGCCACAGACAAGCGUGCCUUCUUCAUCAUCUGCACCUCCGAGCUCGGCCCACCCCAGAUCUACGAGCUGGUGGCACUGACUUCCUCAGACAAGAACACGUGGAUGGAACUCCUAGAAGAGGCCGUGCGGAAGGCCACCCGGCACCCAGGAGCCGCCCCGGCUCCCGUCCUUCCUCCGCCGCCCGGCCCUCCGGACUCCGCCCACCAGAGCCCCCGGUCCAGCGGAGAACUGGACGACUCGGAAGUGUUUCAGAGGGAGCCAGAACCAGAGGCGCUCCCUGGAGGUACGGGGCCCCCUCAGAGGGCCAAAGGGAAGCACUCGGUCCUGCUGGAGGACCUCACGCAUGAGGGCAGCAGAGAGGACAAGGAGCUGGGAGCCCUGCCCCACCCUCCCGCAUCCCUGGAUGGAGAGAACAGAGGCGGCAGGACCAGAGACCCCAUCGUCCUGCCCCUCCCAGGCCCCAUGUUCAUGGAAGGCCUUGCCGAUGCCGCCCUAGAAGAUGUGGAGAUCCUGCGACACCUGAUCCUGCGGGGCCGGCUGCCGAGUCACCCCCGGGAACCGCAGGCCGCCGGGGAGCCCGAGGACGACCUGACGCCCACACCUUCCGUCGUCAGCAUCACCUCUCACCCCUGGGACCCAGGCUCCCCCGGGCGCGCCGCCCCGGGGGGUGAGGGGGAGAGCGCCCCGCUCCCGGGGCCGGAGGGCGGCCAGCCCGAGCAGGCGGGGGCGCUCUGCUCUCUGGAACACCUGCCUCCGCGGACACGGGGUUCUGGGAUCUGGGAGCCUCCUGAGCGAGGCAGGAGCCCCGAGGAAGAGGCUUCGGGCACAGAGGCAGCAGGAAGUUACAAAGUUGUGCGGAAAGCUGAGGUGGCAGGCAGUAAGGCUGUCCCUGCACUACCAGCGGGCGGCCAGGCAGAGGCUGAGCCACCUGAAGUGGAAGGCGGAGCAAAGGCUACGGGGAACUGUUUUUAUGUCAGCAUGCCAGCAGGGCCCCUGGACUCCAGCACCGACCCCUCGGGGGCACGCACAGACCUCGCUCAACCCGACGGCCUCCCUGCCUGGCGGACAGAGCCACAGCCGCGGGGGGGCAGCGGAGAGCCGAGGCGCCCCAGCUGCUCGCCCCCCAGCCUGGCCCUCAGGGACAUGGGCAUCAUCUUCCAGACCAUUGAGCAGCUCACCCUCAAGCUCCACAGGCUCAAGGACAUGGAGCUGGCCUACAGGGAGCUGCUCCGCUCCCUCGGCGGGUCCUCCGGCGGCACCACGCCCGUGGGCAGUUUCCACGCAGAAGCCGCUCGCUGGGCAGACUGCUCCCUGUCGCCUCCCGGGAAGGACCCCCCGGCCUCCGACUCCUGGGACCGCCACGAGCCGGGGCCCUGCCCAGAGGACAGCACCAGCAGCCCCCGGGAGGAGAGCACGGCAGACGCGGCCUCACGCCCAGGACUGUGA